GUUCCCAAAUUUUAAUUUCAAUUCCCGUCACCCGAAACGACGACACUUCACCUUCUUAUUCAUUACGUCGCACAUGGCGGCACCGUCGUCGACGCCGUCGCUCCUGUCGCCGACGCAGAGGUACGCCGCCGGCGCAUUGUUCGGCCUGGCGCUUCACGAGGCCCAACUCAACCAAACCAACCCGUUGCCGUUACCCCUUUCCGACGACGUCGCCGAGCAGCGAACCAGUACUAGCUCCAGCAGUGACUCCGUUUCCGACGACCCGGAUCUUUGGGUCCACAGCAAUUCGGGUCUGCUCCGCCCCGUUUUUAAGUUUCUAGAUAUUGAUUCCACAGCGUGGCUUGGACUAGAGGAAACCGCUGGUUCUUCUUCCGCUACGCAUCAUGUGGGGCCGUUCUUGAGGUUACUUUCACAAGAAUUGGAUGAUGGUUCUUCUCAAAGGUCAGAUCAAGAACUGGCUUUGUCAAGUGCGGUUGAUGGUAUAGCACUUGACAUGCAGCGAAACUUGGAGUCUUACAAGGAUAAAAGAGAGAAGCUUCGCGAAUAUGAGCAUCAAUGUCGAGAAAAGUUUUCAAUUGAUGAUUUUCAGCCUCAUUCUGAAAAGGUAGAUGAACAUUCGGAAGUUCAGACAGAGAUGGAUACUUCUCCUUUACUUGACUGUAAAGAGCCGCAACAGGGGUCUGCUAGUUUGGAAAUUGAUGAGAGACCGAUUGAGGAAGUAACAAUGCUUAGUGAUCAGAGGAAGGUGACAGUUCUGUAUGAACUUCUGUCUGGUUGUCUGUCAGAUUUAGGUGAAGAUAUCGGGCGGAGAAGGAAGGGAUAUGAUGCUCGACAUCGUGUGGCUCUGCGGUUGCUGGCAACAUGGCUUGAUGUCAAGUGGAUGAAAAUGGAGGCCAUCGAGACCAUGGUUGCUUGUUCUGCAAUGGCUUUUAUUAAAGAGCAAGAAUUAAAAAAAGAAGAAAAUCAAUCAAAAGAAAGCAAGUGGGCUAAAUUGAAGCGUGGUGGUAUCAUUGGUGCUGCUGCAAUAACUGGGGGAACUUUGUUAGCUAUUACUGGUGGGUUAGCUGCACCAGCCAUUGCUGCAGGUCUUGGUGCUCUGGCUCCAACUUUGGGUACUCUUAUCCCUGUAAUUGGAGCAAGUGGAUUUGCUGCUGUUGCUGGUGCUGCAGGAACUGUUGCUGGUUCUGUUGCUGUUGCUGCAUCAUUUGGAGCUGCUGGAGCUGGACUUACUGGAAGCAAAAUGGCUAGGAGAGUUGGGGGUGUUGAUGAGUUUGAAUUCAAGGCUAUUGGAGAAAACCAUAACCAAGGCAGGCUAGGGGUUGAGAUCUUAGUCUCUGGAUUUGUCUUUGAGAAGGAAGAUUUUACAAGGCCAUGGGAAGGACAGAAUGACAACUUGGAGAGGUAUGCGCUGCAGUGGGAGUCCAAGAAUCUGAUUGCUGUGAGCACUGCAAUUCAAGAUUGGCUUACUUCAAGGCUUGCAAUGGAGCUGAUGAAACGAGGAGCAAUGAUGACUGUUUUAAGCACACUAUUAACGGCUCUGGCUUGGCCAGCUGCAUUAAUCGCAGCAACUGAUUUUAUAGACAGUAAAUGGUCAAUUGCUAUUAACAGGUCAAACAAAGCUGGUAAGUUGCUUGCUGAAGUAUUGUUAAGAGGAUUACAGGGAAAUAGGCCUGUGACACUUAUAGGUUACUCCCUUGGAGCAAGAGUUAUUUUCAAGUGCCUACAGUGUUUGGCUAAAACUGAAAACACUGCUGAACUAGUAGAAAGAGUAGUACUUCUUGGAGCACCCAUCCCAAUACAGGACGAGAACUGGGAAGCAGCAAGAAAGAUGGUAGCAGGAAGAUUUAUAAAUGCUUAUUCAAGGAAUGACUGGAUGCUUGGAGUUGCCUUCCGUGCCAGUCUACUUACGAAAGGACUAGCUGGAAUCCAACCAGUCGAUGUUCCUGGGAUCCAAAAUGUCGAUGUGACAGAACACAUUGAAGGCCAUUCGUCAUAUCUGUGGGCAACACCAAACAUCUUAGACCAACUUCAAUUGGAUACAUAUUAUCCUGUGUAUAACAGCGUUUAUUGUGUACAGUGAACCUUUGAUGAAGGCGCGUUCUUUCUCUCUUUACAUUUCUUCUGUCAGCUGUUGGAAGCCAUUGCCGGACCUCAGUUGCUCUCAAGUUUGACACUACUCAGAAAUUAUACAUGAAACUAAGAAUUUAUUUAUUUUUGGUUUCAAAUGUAAAAUAAUAAUAAUAAAAAAAAUCUACAUACGUUGUUUUUAUUUUAAUAUAUUUAUUAGAGUUUAAUAGACAUGAACCAAUUGGAUAUAUUUUUUUAUACUAUAA